UAAAGGGCUAUUUAGGUAGUCAACAAACAAACCUAAAGUACCUGACACAUAAACUUGGGUAAAACAUUUUAAUUAUAAUAAUGUUUUGGAGGUUUAAAUUGCUGGGUCAAAUUGACCCCAAGGAUAAAAUAUGUUAGUACAUUUGAAGGAAAUAGGAGGGUUAAACAGUCGUGUUUUUUCCUAAUUUUUUUUCACGGUUUUGGAGAUGGAAGAUGGCAGUGGAAGAAACCGUAAAUGGGUGGAGAAAAGAAGAAGGUGCCACAUUUUCGGCACAGUUUGCUAUAAAUGGAUUUGCUCUCAGCACUGUGGCCCCAGCCACUGAGGUACAGAGACAAAUUGAGGGCUUGGUAUAUCAACUCUACUCCUAGCUAUGCUCCACCUAUCGAAAUUCGAAACGUAGUUGUAGUAUCAAGACGAAUAUGAGUGGAAGAGGAAAAACCGGUGGCAAAGUGCGAGCCAAGGCCAAGACUCGUUCCUCUAGGGCUGGGCUUCAAUUCCCUGUCGGCCGUGUUCACAGACUGCUGCGCAAAGGCAAUUAUGCUGAGCGUGUUGGAGCUGGUGCACCCGUCUACAUGGCUGCUGUGCUCGAGUAUCUGACCGCUGAGAUCCUGGAGUUGGCUGGUAACGCCGCUCGUGACAAUAAGAAGACCCGUAUCAUCCCCCGUCAUCUGCAGCUGGCUGUGCGCAACGACGAGGAGUUGAAUAAACUUCUUGGUAAAGUCACCAUCGCUCAGGGGGGUGUGUUGCCAAACAUCCAGACUGUGCUCCUGCCCAAGAAGACUGAGAAGUCUAAGUAAAUUCGACUUAACAACUUCUACUAAGGCUCUUUUAAGAGCCGCCUAAAGAUAUGUGGUUGAAAGUGUAUUCCAAUAUUCUGCGGCUGUUAUAACGCUGACGUUUGCUUCUUAUCUUAUGAUCUCUUUUGAAGUCUUCAAAAAUACAUAUCUACAUAGCAUGCGUACUCACAAAUACACAGGUGGGGAAGGGGAAGGCCUUGUAGGCUACAUAGUCUUUUCUGAUAACCGGUUCCAGUAUUUGCGAUUUUUUUAGUGUGUGAAGUUGCGCCAUAAAGUUGAGUGACCUAUCCAAUGAGAUUUUUAAGACCACGUUUUUGCUUUUUCAAAGUUCGAUGGACGUUUGUGCGACCACGUUCCUUUUCUCUAUGCGCACUCGUUUCAGAUCAUGACCGCAUAGACUUCCACUAGUGUGUUCACAGCAUUAGAACUAAACAUAUUUGUACCA